AUGGGGAGCAUGGGCUGCUGCAAGGGUUCUUUCGCAACCCCUCAAGUUGCAACAUUGAACAAGAACUCUUCUGCAAAUGCUGAUGCUUCUAAUGCUUUAGUGUCAGAGACAUGUUUAACUACUAAAGACUAUGAGAGCUUGUUCUUACAAACAUCGCCUUCUUCCGUUCUUGAGUUGGAUACCUUAGCAUCCAAUUCGAUUGAGAAAGUUGAUGUUCCAUCAAACAAUGCAGCCACUCUUGUUGAUGAAGCGAGUGAAAUGCUGACUUGUCAACCUCAAGAGCUAAAAAUUCCAAAUCUGAGUGUUUUUAACUUGCCUGAGCUAGUUGCUGCUGAGAAUUCAAUUGGCACUGACCCCAAUCUUGGUUUGGGAUUUGAUUUAGAUCGAUUUAACAUUGAUGAUUUUGGAUCAGAUUUUGAAGAAUUUGGUGACUUAGGUGACUUUGAGGAUAUUCAAGUUCAUGGUUUUGAUGACAAUGAACCUAGUGAGCUUCCUGAUUUUGAUUUUGGUGAUAUUGGUGAUGAUGAUGAAUUUGUUGGUUGGAUUGAAGAGCCCUUCCAAGACAACAUAUCUUAUCUCCAUGUUUUGUAG